AUGGUUUGUACGAAUACUAUGAACAACUUCUGCAAAGAACCACGGUCAAGCAUUGCCUCCGGAGUGGCACCAAUCCUAGGUUCCGAUUUGAACUCGAUUACUUUCGGCACUUUAAAAUGGUCUUCGAGUUAUUUCAAGUGCGAGAGGCAAGACCAGAAAAUGCAUACUAUCCUUCGGAAGCUGCGUUUUGGGCAAGAGAUAAAUGGUGUCCUGGCUUGGGACUUCGCUCACAUCCUGUCUUGA